GCUAACACUUUUCAGGUACUUUACCAUAUGAAGGAAUGAAAAUGCACAGUCCAUGAAGUCUGCUUGCAGCUCCAAAGACACAAACAAGAAGCUAUUAUUUGUUUGGCUAAAUACUGUAAUGUGAGUCUUUAUUAUGCACACAGGAGAUAGGUGAGUGAUGCUGGAUAAGAGCCUUGAACAGUCAGACUAGAGAUUUGAUGAAAUGCUCCUAUUAUGACUCCUUGCAGCCUGUGGAAUAGGGAAGCUGGUUACUUGAUCCUCUGCCUUACCUGAACCUCAUUGUUGUAGCUUUUAAUAUCUGAAUAUCCAGACCAGCUAUAAAGGUGACUUUGAGGAAAGAAUGAUGGGACUAGACUCAGCAGUCAGAGCCAGAAAUGGGCAACAAGCAAACCAUUUUCACUCCAGAGCAACUGGAUGCAUAUCAGGACUGCACGUUCUUUACAAGGAAAGAAAUUCUGAGACUGUUUUACAGAUACCGAGAUCUUGCCCCACAGCUAGUUCCACUCGACUACACCGAUAAACCAGACGUGACACUUCCCUAUGAACUCAUUGGCAGCAUGCCAGAGCUGAAGGACAAUCCAUUCCGCCAGCGGAUAGCUGAGGUUUUCUCAGAGGAUGGAGAUGGCAAUAUGACUUUAGAUGAUUUUUUGGACAUGUUUUCUGUGCUGAGUGAAAUGGCUCCCAGAGACUUAAAAGCUUACUAUGCUUUUAAAAUUUAUGAUUUUAACAAUGAUGACUACAUAUGCAAAUCAGAUCUGGAGAAAACCGUUAACAAGCUGACCCGCAACGAGCUUACCCCAGAAGAAGUUCGCCUUGCAUGUGAAAAGGUGAUUUAUGAAGCUGAUCUGGACAACGACGGCAAGCUUUCUUUGGAAGACUUUCAGCAUAUGAUAAUACGAGCUCCAGAUUUCCUCAGCACAUUUCACAUUCGAAUCUGAACCUAGAAAAACCUAAUGAUAGAAGUGCUUCUUGAAACUGCAACAACUAUUGUUUCUCUCGAGACUACCAUCCAUGAGAGUGAUAAAUGAGGACCAGAGAUGACGAUUUCUGGAAACAGAACCAGUCAGAGUACACUUUCUCUUGUUUACCUCUUUAAAAGGAACAAUCCAUCUUCAUUGAAAUUUCCCUGUAAUUUCACAGAAGGUGUGUGUUUUUCUAAAAUUGUCUAUUCCUGUCCCCUUCCCCCACCAGAGCAAGUCUGGUAUAGACAGUGAUAUAGAAAACAAACUUAUUUUUAAUUUCAGAUAUCAGCAGAUAGGAAAGGAGGAACUUGUAUCAAAUUCUUAAAAAAUAGCUUCUAAAAAAAUCCUAAGAAAAUACCCCACUAUCCACUAAAAACAAAACCAUUAUAGACUCCCACUACAUUCACAAAUCCUUAUACCAUUUCCUACUCCUUUUCCCCUGAGAGACAAAUCUAGUUCUAGUUUAGGAAAACAUAUUGCUGCCCACAGAACUUGGUUUUCCUUAAAAAGAGUGCAGUAAGUACUCACUCAGCUCAGGUUUUGAAGUCCUGAGAAUGCCACCUACUUUGAAACUAGUUUUAGAAAAAUCACAGUCAAUUCAAAAUUGUGUAAGCAAUGCCUCUGAUCAGCUUUACCAGUUUUAACAAAUGGUUCAGUGAAACAAUUUGCUUAAGUAUGCUCCUAGUGCGUCACAGAAGUCCAUUACGGUUCUGAGAAGGGUAUCAGGAAGUGCGCUCUAUUUCCGAAAUUGUAAUGAAAAGUCAGCAUACUUUAAACAACAAAAGACGACCCUAUCCCAGAUUCCUGUCACUCUUUUCCGUUUUUAAAAAUGUCCUGUUUUCCACACGAGAAUCCAAACGUGUUAAUGAUUAACGGAACUGACAAACUAAUUUUUUAAAAUUCUCUUUUCAUAAGAAGUUUAUUUAUGCAGUGCUCAGGGUCCUGUACAACAGAGUAAAAACAUACAUACUGUAAUAAAAACAGUUUUGUUUUUCAUACAAACAUGAAAAUCAA